AUGUGGAUAUUUAGGAAUAAGAGUUUUAAAUCCGCGUAUAUUUCUAUAAUCAUAUCAACAUUAAUUUUUGCAUCAUUAUAUGCAUUAUCAAAUUUUAAUAAAAUUGGACUUUCAUUUUAUGAUUCUACGUCGUCAUCAUUGCCAACUAAACCAAAAAUUCAGGAAAAGAGCGAAUGGUUGACGAAUUUUGUUGAUCCUUUGAUUGGUAUUAAAAAUGGGGAGGUGUUUCCUGGUCCUUGCUUACCAUUUGGUGUAGUAAAAGUUGGAAUUGAUACAAACGAUGCCGGAUAUACUGUGGAUGAAGCGGUCACAGGAAUAAGUCGUAUGUGA